CGGAAGCAGUCUAUAAAUGCUUAAUCUGCGUGUAACUUUACGCUCGUACCGGACAGCUGCCACACUCUGGACUCGGACUGAGCCGAACUGUCGUUCCUGUGAUGCCCCAGGGCGGGUUGAGCUGCUCGGGGUUGCGAUGCCUUAUGUGGACCGACAGAAUCGCAUCUGCGGCUUCCUGGACAUCGAGGAAAAUGAGAGCAGCGGAAGGUUCCUGCGCCGAUACUUCAUCCUGGACACCAAACAGGGAAACCUGCUGUGGUUCAUGGACAACCCACAGAAUCUGCCUAAAGGUGCAGAGAAGGUGGGAUCUCUCAAACUUACCUACAUCUCCAAGGUCAGUGAUGCAACCAAACUCAGACCGAAAGCCGAGUUCUGCUUUGUUAUAAAUGCAGGAAUGAGGAAGUUUUAUCUGCAGGCCAACGACCAGCAGGAUUUGGUGGAAUGGAUCAGUGUUCUCAACAAUGCUACCAAGAUUACUGUGCCAAAGCCAGACGAGGGCCAAACAACUGCAGAGACUACCCAAGACGUUCUUGGAGCCAUGAAGCAGGUCUCCUACAAGACUGAAAUUAUAGGAGGAGUCCCAAUCAUCACAGCUACCCAGGAGCAGGGGGAAGGGCAUACCGAGGGGGAGCGGGGAGGUUUGAAGAAAGGUCAGAAUCAGCUUCCCUACUUCCUAUCCAGAGGAGUGCAGGACCAGGCCAUCAAGGCCGGAUACUGUGUCAAACAGGGGGCUCUGAUGAAGAAUUGGAAGAGGAGAUACUUCAUGCUGGAAGAAAACGCUCUCAGCUACUACAAAUCUGACCUGGAGAGAGAGGCCCUGAGAGUCAUCCCUCUGAAGGAGAUUCACAAGGUGCAAGAGUGCAAACAGAGUGAUCUGAUGAUGAGGGACAACCUGUUUGAAAUGGUCACCAGUUCCAGAACCUUCUACAUGCAGGCUGACAGUCCAGAGGACAUGCACAGCUGGAUUAAGGCCAUCUCAGGGGCCAUCGUAGCUCAGCGAGGCCCCGGACGCUCCGCUAACACUGAACACAGUGGCAACUCCUCCCCAAUAUCAACAUCCUCCACCUUUUACUACCCCAUCAACACGGAUCUACCCUCCCCAGAACCCCCCACUGGCUCCUCACCAGCGGGCCCUCAGCUUCACUCUGGACCCCCACCACCAGGACAACUUCCUGGGUCUGCUGCCGUGGAGGCUGAGCGGCGGUCCGCCCUCUGCGCGCUCCCGCCUGUCGCUGCAGGAGACCGUGCACUCCUCCAAGUAGCAGAGGAGGAUCAGUCACCAUGGAAACGGCGCAGCGAAAUCGCCAGGCAGGAGAUUGUCGGCAGCGACGGUGACGAGGAGCUGAACGGUCGCACCAUGGAGAAACCUAACCUCCAGAUGACCCUGAUCUGAGGACGCUGAGGUCUCUAAAGGAAACACUCACUUCCUCCUGAGCUCCAUGAUUGGCUCCUACAAACCUUCCUAGGAUCUUUGGUAUGUGUGUGCACACGUGGAAUAGGACCUGCUGUUUUCUUUCCUUCACUAUCGUCUUCCCCGGAUAUUAUUUACACAUUGUGAUGCAAGGAAAUCAAAUUGUAGAUAUUGUUUAGUGACGUUUUUUCAAUGUUUUAGUAGCGCUCAUUAACCCCGCUCAUCGCACCAUGAUGGGCUGGUUUCAUGAAGCAUGUUAGAGACAAACCAAAGUUGUGCCGUCGUUUCGUGUCGUUGCAGCAGCAGCUUCUUCAAACUCUGGAGGUGUGACUCCACUGAGACCCUGACUAAUCCGGCUUCUCAGUUUCUUUUUCAAGACGAUCUCGCUUGAUGCUGUAAGCUCUUUCAUUCUAAAUUUCCCUUUUUCAAAUGUGUUAUUGUCUCUUCUCUCUCGCCUAAUGUAGAAAAGGUAUUCAUGUUGGUGUUAUGGCUCUUUAAAGCUCCAAAGUUUAAAUUCACAGAGGGUGCAUUUCUGCUUUUCAUUUUCAUGCCCAAAAAUGGUACCUUUGUUGACAGAUGAUGUCUUAGACUUUUCAAAAAAUAAGGAGAAACAAACUCAUUCAAACAAUGUGUUAUUUUUGAUAAUGGAUUUUUCACAAGCUAAUAGUCAAAUGUAUAGCAAAAUAUCUUCAUGUCAGUGUACUGGCUGCAGUCAGUGGAUUCACUUGUUGAGGUGAGGUAUUUCUGCACAUAGCUUCUGUGUGUAGUUCCACUUUGGAGAGUCUAACAUGUAAAUCCCUGCACUAUCCAAUUGUAAUGACCUCACUCAUUAAGUGUUAAAGUGCACCAUAUCAAAUAACAUAUAUCUCAAAGACAACAGAUGCCAGUUUAAAAGAUUAGAUUAUUUUAAGUCAUUGCCUUAUACUAGAAACAAUGUGGGAUUUAAAUCAGCAUUUCUGAAAAGAAAAACCGUUUUGCAUAAAGAAUUAGGAACUUAAACACUUUCCUUUAAUAUAUAGGAAAUCAUAGAUCACCAACUAUUUUCAUAAUCAAAAAGUGGUUUAGAGUGAUUUUUGGCCGGUUUAUAGACCAAAUGAUUAAUCAAUCAAUCAUCAGAUUUAAUCAUGAAAAUAAUCCUGGUUGCAACCCUAAAAUGUAUCAACGACUUAUGUGGCUUUAGUAAAAGAGUUUAAGAGCUGCUUUUAUUCACCAGCGUUACUCACCUCCUGCACUGUGUCACCGUUCCUUUGUAACUCCACCAGAUGUUGACGUAUUUGUGUUAAUAAUCAAAAUUGUUCAUCUGUUAAAUAUUUUUUCUGGACUUUUGGGAGUUGAGAGCCAAUGAUUUACAGACGUGUUCCUGUUUUGUCAUGUUGGGCUGGUUGUGGGUGUUUUUCAGUUUGUAUUGAUUUUAUUAUUCACAGUGAUGAGAUGCUUUCUAAAGGAUGUGUUGUUUACUGACUUUUAUGAACACGUGUGCACGGCUGCAUGCACACAACCCCCCCACUGCUGUGUUCCUGUUUGACAAAGAUGGGUGAAGUGCCUGCGUUGUUAUUUCUAAAGAGUUGAUAAAAGAUUUGAGCUGUUCCCUUUUUAUUGUGAUUCUAAGACCAUGUGCUCCGUUUAUUAAAAUACAUUUUAAAAAUUUGUUAUAA